CGCGCUCGGCUGCUAAUCUGUUCUCUCGGUGCUCGACUCACCCGCGCUGCUGCCUCCGCUGAAGGAGGAGCAAAGCUCAAGAUGGCCGACAAAACGCCAGGCGGAUCUCAGAAGGCCAGUUCAAAGAACCGAUCAUCGGAUGUCCAUUCAUCUGGAUCUUCAGAUGCACAUAUGGAUGCAUCUGGACCCUCAGAUAGUGAUAUGCCAAGUCGAACACGACCUAAAAGCCCAAGAAAACACAAUUAUAGGAAUGAAAGUUCCCGNGAAAGCCUUUGCGAUUCUCCUCAUCAGAAUCUCUCAAGACCUCUUCUAGAAAACAAGCUUAAAGCAUUCAGUAUUGGAAAAAUGAGCACAGCAAAGCGAACUCUAAGUAAGAAGGAACAAGAGGAACUGAAGAAAAAGGAGGAUGAGAAGGCAGCUGCUGAAAUUUAUGAGGAAUUUCUUGCUGCUUUUGAAGGAAGUGAUGGUAAUAAAGUGAAAACGUUUGUUCGAGGCGGGGUCGUUAAUGCAGCUAAAGAUGAACAUGAAACAGACGAAAAAAGAGGUAAAAUCUAUAAACCAUCUUCAAGGUUUGCAGAUCAAAAAAAUCCUCCAAAUCAGUCAUCCAAUGAAAGGCCGCCNUCUCUUCUUGUGAUAGAGACGAAAAAACCCCCACUGAAAAAAGGGGAGAAGGAAAAGAAAAAAAGCAAUUUGGAACUUUUCAAAGAAGAACUAAAACAAAUUCAGGAAGAACGUGAUGAAAGACAUAAAACAAAAGGCAGGUUAAGUCGGUUUGAGCCUCCUCAGUCAGACUCUGAUGGUCANCGACGUUCUAUGGAUGUGCCUUCAAGAAGAAAUCGAUCGUCUGGUGUUCUUGAUGAUUAUGCACCUGGCUCACAUGAUGUAGGAGAUCCCAGCACUACAAAUUUAUACCUUGGAAACAUUAAUCCACAGAUGAAUGAAGAAAUGCUGUGCCAAGAAUUUGGAAGAUUUGGACCAUUAGCUAGUGUAAAAAUUAUGUGGCCUAGAACUGAUGAAGAAAGAGCACGAGAAAGAAACUGUGGCUUUGUGGCUUUUAUGAACAGAAGAGAUGCUGAAAGAGCUCUAAAGAACUUAAAUGGAAAAAUGAUUAUGUCUUUUGAAAUGAAGUUAGGUUGGGGUAAAGCUGUGCCUAUUCCUCCACAUCCAAUAUACAUUCCGCCUUCUAUGAUGGAACACACGCUCCCCCCGCCUCCAUCCGGACUGCCUUUUAAUGCGCAGCCUAGAGAGCGAUUAAAAAACCCCAAUGCUCCCAUGUUACCACCACCUAAAAACAAGGAGGAUUUCGAGAAGACUCUGUCGCAAGCCAUAGUCAAAGUGGUUAUCCCAACAGAAAGGAAUUUACUCGCCCUGAUACACCGAAUGAUAGAAUUUGUUGUACGUGAAGGGCCAAUGUUUGAAGCUAUGAUUAUGAACAGAGAAAUCAACAAUCCUAUGUUCAGGUUCUUAUUUGAAAACCAGACACCAGCCCAUGUUUACUACAGGUGGAAGCUUUAUUCUAUUCUGCAGGGAGAUUCUCCAACGAAAUGGCGGACAGAAGAUUUUCGAAUGUUCAAAAAUGGAUCUUUUUGGAGGCCACCACCUUUAAAUCCAUACCUUCAUGGGAUGUCAGAGGAGCAAGAGACAGAAGCGUUUGUAGAAGAGCCUAGUAAGAAGGGAGCACUCAAGGAAGAACAGCGGGAUAAGUUAGAAGAAAUCUUGCGAGGAUUAACUCCAAGGAAAAAUGAUAUUGGAGAUGCCAUGGUUUUCUGUCUUAAUAAUGCUGAAGCUGCUGAAGAAAUAGUGGAUUGCAUUACUGAGUCGCUGUCCAUCUUAAAGACACCGCUUCCCAAGAAGAUUGCCAGAUUAUAUUUGGUUUCUGAUGUUUUAUAUAACUCUUCAGCCAAAGUUGCCAAUGCUUCAUAUUAUAGGAAAUUGGACCUACCAUGCUUGAGCUUGAGUGCGGAUCUGGAACUGAGCGUGGAGGGCAGCAGUCAGCCACGUCUCCCAGGAGGGCCUGGUGCUUUGGGAAGACUGAGUAGACGGAGUGGCUGUCUACCACAAGAUGCCACCAGAGGAGGAAGGCCCUAUGGACCCCAGUGUGAAGUGUGUCAUUAUGAAGACAGUGCCACUUAUGACACAGUCCUGUCCAGCUGUGUUCAGCAACGGGUAAUGACCUGCUUCAGAGCAUGGGAAGAUUGGGCAAUUUAUCCAGAACCAUUUUUGAUCAAACUUCAGAAUAUUUUCUUAGGACUUGUAAAUAUCAUUGAAGAAAAGGAAACAGAGGAUGUGCCGGAUGAUCUUGAUGGUGCUCCCAUUGAGGAGGAGCUUGAUGGGGCGCCUCUGGAGGAUGUGGAUGGGAUUCCCAUCGAUGCCACUCCCAUCGACGACCUGGACGGGGUCCCUAUAAAGAGUCUUGAUGAUGACCUGGAUGGAGUGCCUUUGGAUGCAACUGAAGACUCAAAGAAGAAUGAACCCAUAUUUAAAGUUGCCCCAUCAAAAUGGGAGGCUGUAGAUGAAUCUGAAUUGGAAGCACAAGCGGUAACGACUUCUAAGUGGGAGUUAUUUGACCAGCAUGAAGAGUCAGAAGAAGAGGAAAACCAAAAUCAGGAAGAAGAGAGUGAAGAUGAAGAAGACACUCAGAGUUCCAAAUCUGAAGAACAUCAUUUGUAUUCUAACCCAGUCAGAGAAGAGAUGACUGAGUCUAAGUUCUCUAAGUACUCCGAAAUGAGUGAAGAAAAACGAGCUAAGCUUCGUGAGAUUGAGCUAAAAGUUAUGAAGUUUCAAGAUGAAUUGGAAUCUGGAAAGAGACCUAAAAAACCAGGCCAAAGCUUCCAGGAACAAGUAGAGCACUACAGGGAUAAACUGUUGCAGCGGGAGAAGGAAAAAGAAUUAGAAAGAGAACGAGAAAGAGACAAAAAAGAUAAAGAAAAAUUGGAAUCUCGAUCCAAAGACAAGAAGGAAAAGGAUGAAUGUACUCCAACAAGAAAAGAAAGGAAGAGACGACAUAGUACCUCUCCCAGCCCUUCUCGAAGUANCAGUGGUCGGCGUGUGAAAUCCCCAUCACCCAAAUCAGAGCGCUCCNAACGGUCAGAAAGGUCUCACAAAGAAAGUUCUCGGUCCAGAUCCUCUCACAAAGACUCUCCUAGAGACGCUAGCAAAAAAGCCAAAAGGUCGCCGUCUGGUUCAAGGACACCUAAAAGGUCUAGGCGGUCUCGCUCUAGGUCCCCUAAGAAAUCAGGGAAGAAAUCCAGAUCUCAGUCCCGGUCUCCACACAGGUCUCAUAAAAAGUCAAAGAAAAACAAACACUGACAUAUAUUUUUAAGAUGCUGUC